ACUAUCAAAUCCAGUGCAACGAGGAGCACCCGACAUGCGCUAACUGCGUUCGACUGGAGGUCAAGUGUGAGUGGCCGCCUCCGCGGGCCAAGGUACAACAUGCUUCACCACAACCAACCAGCCUGGGACAGGGCCCUAUGACUCGAGAGACUUCGUGCAUCAGCAGCCCUCUCCAAACAUACUCGAUAGGAGCGCGACCGGCAUUCUCCCUCGAAGACAUGCAACUGUUGCAUCAUUGGACGACAAGAGUCUAUUUGUUCCACGACCCUACGAACGAGGACGACAAGUGGAUGUGGAGCGAAGGUAUUGUCGGUGUAGCAUUCCAACACACAUUUCUUCUCCACGGAAUUCUCGCUCUUUCAGCAUUACAUAAGACGUUGAUUGACGAUCAGGGCAGUCGUGCCAGCUUGCUUGCGCUGGCUGAUACACAUAUGUCUGCGUCCCUCGCAACAUAUCUGAGGCUACUGGAAGAAAAUGCUACAGAAACAGUCGUACCAUGUUUUCUCUUGUCGUCGAUCUGCUUCGCCUACAACCUUGCCACCGCCCAGAUUGAAGAGCCUGAAGAUCCACUCAGCGCUAUCUUGCAUUGCUUUCGCCUCCUUCGGGGAGUGAAAGUCGUCAUUGGUCAGCACUGGCUGCAGCUUCAGAAAGACAAUAUGAUAUAUAAGUUGCUCGCUCCUGUGCGUUUCAUGGACGAGACCUCGUUGCCCGAGAAUACCGAGUGUACCCCUCUACUCAACCUGAAGCAACUCGCCGAGCAGCUCGAUGCGCCACAAAAAGAGAUAUGCAUAGAGGCUAUUGAGAACCUCCAUGAGACAUUUAUUAAGACGACGCUGUGCUCCUCAAGGAAUCAAGAGAACAGCAUAAUCAUGACAUGGUCCGCAUUGCUGACUAACGAGUUUCUGGACUUAUGCCACACUCGUAACCACGUCAGUGCUCUUAUAAUCGUUUACUGGGCAGUUUUGCUGGACCGUAAUACACACGCUUGGUGGCUGAGAGGUUGGCUGCUCCGAUUGAUCCGCGCAUGCGAGGAGCUCUUUGCGCCGACUCCAGAGCUUCUAAAGUGGCUCGAUUGGCCCAUGGAGAUGUCAAAAUACCAGCCAGAUCGCCUCGCGACUCUGUGCACAACUCGUCCCUCGCCCAUGGUACUCACGCCAACCGCUGGGACAACAUCUAUCGACACACCAACUUCAAAUCUCCGCGGCGCUCUUGGAGCGCUUCGGGACCAAGGCCAAACUUGAGAUCGUUCCACUGGAAUGAUCUCAAGUCUGGCCUUCCAGUGAGAGGGACCUAGCGAGAGGCCUAUUUCCUGGAUCUCUUGCAGUCUCGCCGCAGUGACCGUCAGUAAGCACUUGCUCUUCCAUGACCACCGAAGAAGCAAAGGUUGACUUCCACACCAGCCAGCGUCGAUUUCGAAAGCUUUGUUUACCGUGUGGAAAGCUUGGCAUCGCCAGCUUCCGACAAAAUGCUUAUCCGCAUCACGAACGGUCGUGUGCCCUCCUUCCUAUCUCGCGCUAGCACAGGAAUUGGCGGACACUCC